CAGUUGCGCGGCGGUCGAGGCGAAGUGCAAACGGGCGAAAUUUUCUCGUUGGCCUAAACGACAAAAUCAGCGCAACGUGGACAUUUCCACGAUGCUGCCACACAAAUAAAAAAAUCACGAAAAGAAAAAAAAUAAGAAAUUACUACGACACACACACACACACAGAGAGAGAAACGGCAAACAAAUAUUGAAAAUUCUAAGGAAAGCGCCUAGGGAAAUGGGGCACGAGCAAAGUUAGUUUUCAUGACCCAGAGGCGGUGUGUGUGGUGUCAAAUCUGGUUUAUAUCUCUCCUGGACAUAUAGAGCCGUGACCGACUGGAACCCUUGAACCACAAGCCGACUCUGAACCGCAGCCAAAACAGAGAGCUGCAAUAAGGACUGCGGUGGCAGGAGCAGCACUAAACUUACGUUCGUCCUUGGCAUUUUGCAAUAACAACUCUGGGGUGGUGGAAAACCUCGAGAAAUCACUGCAGGCCAAGCGGAAAAGGAAAGGGACGGGAAGGAAUUUUAUUGGAUCUGGGGACACAGGACCUCCCUGAAAGAGGGGGACCGCCCGAACCACUGCAAUCCUGGCCCAACGAAACCACAGCACCUCCAACGGCAGCAGCGCAGCCAGCGUCGGCAGCGGCGUCGGCAGCGUUCCCGUUAUAAUGGAGGGUCCCGAAGUCACAUUCCUUUUCCAGUUCGGCAGCGUCCGCGAUGCAGUCUGCGUUCCCGCCAACGCCCUCACCCUCAAAACGCUCAAGGAUCUGGCCUGUGACUUCAUCAACACAAAGAUACCGGACAGCGGACUGACGUAUCUGUCGGAACGCAUUCUGCUCUUCGUCCACGAUUACAGCACCCCGAAUGUGCUGCACAUCAUCAACUCGGCAGCGGAGGUGGUGGACGAGACCCUCGUGGAAAUCGUGCUGACAGCCAGUCCCAUACUGUAUCCGACCUCCGAGAUGCCGACCCUCAAGCCCCACAGCCUGAAUGUGCAUUCCUACAAGGGACCGACCUUCUGUGAUUUCUGCGGCGAGAUGCUGUUCGGUCUGGUGCGCCAGGGCCUCAAGUGCGAUGGAUGCGGUCAGAACUAUCACAAGCGGUGCGUGGUGAAAAUCCCGAACAACUGCAACCGCUCGAAUGACGCCACCUCGAGGCGCUCCUUCACGCUCCAGACGCCCCGCAGUCCGUCCGGCAGCUCCCAGCAGUCGCUCGUCUCCACGGAGGACUCAACCGGAACCGGAACGGGAACGGGACGCAACGACUCGAGCAGCUCACUGAAUAUACCCGGUCGCCAUCAGAGGACCCAUUCGUCGGGCAGCCGGAACGGACCUACGGUGCUCCGUAUUCCGCACACCUUCAUGGUGCACACAUACGGAAUACCCACGGUGUGCCAGCUGUGCAAGAAGCUGCUGAAGGGACUCUUCAAGCAGGGAUUGCAGUGCCGCGACUGUCAGUACAACACGCACAAGAAGUGCAUGGACAAGGUGCCCCACGACUGUACGGGCGAGGCUCAGCUCAGCCAGCUGCAGAUCCAGGCCGGAGCCCGGGAGCGGGACAACUUCUUCCGCGAGGAGUUCGACGACAGCGAUUGCGACGAGGGCAGCGACUAUGGCAAGUACAAGUCGGCCACAUCGAUGGGUGGUGUAAAUCUGGUGGCCGGUCGACCCAGGGAAGCCCCCAAAGCCCUGACCAAUGCCCACAAUUCACCGCCCGAAUUGGUCAACGGAGGAUUGGGAGACGACUCCAGCGGUGGCGGUGGUGGUGAGACGAGCAAGUCCAGCAGUGAUGGCCAGUCGGAGCAAUCGCAAUCCUCAAACUCCUCGUCGCCCAGUGCCAAUAUCCCGCUGAUGAGGAUCGUCCAGUCCGUCAAGCACACCAAGAAACGUGGCGGUCAAGCGCUCAAGGAGGGCUGGCUGGUGCACUAUACCUCGCUGGACAAGGCGGUCAAGCGAUACUACUGGCGCUUGGACUCCAAGACCAUCACACUCUUCGUCUCGGAACAGGGUAGCAAGUACCACAAGGAGCUGCCGCUGGCGGAGCUCCUGUCGAUCGAGAGUCAUCUGGGUGAUCCUCGACCGGAGAGCAACUACUGCUUCGAACUGCGCUUGCCCAAUCUCAGCUACUUCGUCGGACAGGAUCCGCAGGUGGGCGCCAAGGAGGAGCAGGCCGUCCGAUUACCUCCGCCGGACAGCGGCAUCGGAAGCGACAUCGCCAAGAGCUGGGAGACCAGCAUCCGACAGGCCUUCAUGCACGUCAACAAUACCCAAUGCUGCGAAUCGGAAGAGCAGGUGCAGGACAUGGGUCAGUUGUACCAGAUCUUUCCGGAUGAGGUUCUUGGAUCCGGACAAUUUGGCGUGGUCUACGGUGGAGUCCACAAAAAGACGCAGCGUGAGGUGGCCAUCAAGGUGAUCGACAAGCUCCGCUUUCCCACCAAACAGGAGGCGCAGCUAAAGAACGAAGUGGCCAUCCUGCAGAACAUCUCGCACUGCGGCGUCGUCAAUCUCGAGCGGAUGUUCGAGACCCCCGAGAGGAUUUUCGUGGUGAUGGAGAAGCUCAAGGGCGACAUGCUGGAGAUGAUCCUCUCGCAUGCCAGGGGCCGGCUGAGCGAGCGGGUAACCAAGUUCCUCAUUACCCAGAUCCUGAUCGCCCUCAAGUACCUGCACUCGCAAAAUAUCGUCCACUGCGAUCUGAAGCCCGAGAAUGUCCUGCUCUCCUCGGACGCCGAAUUUCCGCAGGUGAAGCUCUGUGACUUUGGCUACGCUCGGAUCAUCGGCGAGAAGUCCUUCCGGCGAUCGGUGGUCGGCACUCCGGCCUAUUUGGCACCGGAGGUGCUCCGGAACAAGGGCUACAAUCGAUCGCUGGACAUGUGGAGCGUGGGCGUUAUAAUCUACGUGAGCUUGAGCGGCACUUUUCCCUUCAACGAGGAGGAGGAUAUCAACGACCAGAUUCAGAAUGCGGCCUUCAUGUAUCCACCCAAUCCCUGGAAGGAGAUCUCCUCAAAUGCCAUUGAUCUGAUCAACAACCUGCUGCAGGUGAAGCAGCGCAAGCGGUACACGGUGGACAAGAGUCUGCUGCACUAUUGGCUGCAGGACAAGCAGACGUACCGCGACCUCCGGACCCUGGAGACCCAGGUGGGUGGCGGGCGGUACCUGACCCACGAGGCGGACGACCUGCGCUGGGACUGUGCGGGCGACAUGUGACCUGCCUGUGAACCCGACGCGAUCCUCGAGAGCACCACCGAGAUAAUGGGCUGCACCACCACCACCUCCACCACCGAGAGCUAUCGUCCAUCUCCGGCGGACUGUGCCGGAUGCCAUCGGCUGUCGGAUUGCGGCCACUCGCCCAAAUCGGAGGCGAUGAGCGACAGGGCCCUGAAAUGGAUGCGGUUCCACCUUUGCCGGCACAUCAAAUAGCAGUACAACCCUAUUGCCUAGCCCAUAAGUUUAUCCCAUCUCCUCUAACUCGCUUUUCGAUAAACGCUAAACACAAAUGAAUUAUUCUAACUUACCUACAACUCUGUGUGCUAAAUUUUUCUCUAGAAUCAAAAUUAGUCGAUAGCUUUAAUUCGUUAACCACCUAAAGGCAACUCUUAUGAAUAACUACUUAAUAUACAACAAAAAAAAAAACAAAAAACCCAGAAGAAACUGUGAAGCUCAGAUCCAGUUUAGAACCAAUGGCCAUAAGGUACAGAAGAAACACCAACCAAACGAAUGGCAGAGAAAAUAUAGCUGAAUAAAUAACGCUUGACAAUUAA